CUUUCAUCUCUUUCGAACAAUAACAACAGGCUGUGCAUAAAAACACAACCCAUUAACCCAAAACACUUCAUCACUCUCCACCCAAAGCAAACCCCCCAAAAUGCACACCAAAACCGACUCCGAGGCCACCAGCCUCUCCCCCUCCUCCCCCACCCACUCCCCCCGCCGCCCCGUCUACUACGUCCAAAGCCCCUCCCGCGACUCCCACGACGGCGAAAAAACCGCCACCUCCUUCCACUCCACCCCCACCGCCUCCCCUCCCCACUCCCACUCCUCCGUCGGCCACCACUCCCGCGACUCCUCCUCCACCCGCUUCUCCGGCUCUCUCAAACCCGGAUCCGCGAAAAUCCCGCCCUCUGCAAAACCCGGCCACAAACAAAUCGCGGUCAUCGAUGAAGAAAAUUAUUAUGAACACGAGAAGACUAGUAAAGGCGUGCCCAGACGCUGUUACUUUGUUAUAUUUCUGUUGGGCUUCUUGGUUCUCUUCGGGUUGUUUUCGCUGAUUUUGUGGGGCGUUAGUAAACCGCAGAAGCCUGAGAUUACUGUUAAGAGUAUAAAGAUGGAGACGUUUGUGAUCCAAGCGGGCUCCGAUGGUACUGGAGUGGCUACUGAUAUGGUGACUAUGAAUUCGACUGUGAAGCUUGUUUUCAGGAACACUGCUUCGUUUUUCGGUGUUCAUGUUGCUUCGACUCCGGUUGAUCUGUCUUAUUCUCAAAUUACUCUGGCUUCCGGAGCUAUUAAGAAGUUCUAUCAAUCAAGGAAGAGUCAGAGAACGUUGGCAAUAUCAGUGAAUGGAAACAGGAUACCAUUGUACGGCAGUGGAGCAAACUUAAGCAGCAACACCACAGGAAGUCCGACCCUGCCUGUGGCGCUAAAGUUAAACAUGAUAGUGAAAUCAAAAGGUUCUGUUCUGGGAAAAUUGGUGAAACCAAAAUUCAAGAAGAAAAUCGAGUGUUCAGUUGUGUAUGAUCCAAAAAAACAUAGCGCGCCCAUCUCACUCAAGAACUCCUGUACGUAUAAGUAAGAUUAAGACAUUUUGUGGGUAGUUUAAUCAAAUGAUGUUUCCAGCUAAGAAGGUGUGGCUUUUGAGUUGGCAGGCAGACAGGCCGGACAUUACAGAACGCCCUUGUAGAAAAAAUGGGUGUACUUUGGUGGUGGUUUUAUCAGUGACAACUCAUAGUUUUUAUAUUUUCCACUGUUUAUGUGAAGUUAAUUAUUGUACUCAAGGGAUAGAUUAUACCAGUAUAGAGUUUUGUAUUUUUUUUUGAUAUUUUAUAAAUAGUAUGUAUUAAACAACAUAGCAGAGUUUCAUAUUAUUUUAUAUUAUCUAGUUAGCUCA